CAAAGUUGUGUGAAACAAGUGUUACAUGCAUGCAUAAAGCAGACUAGAUUUUAUUUUCAAUAUUUUCUGCUAAGCAGAUUAGAUUUAGAGGUAUUCCAUCUAAAAAUAUUGUUCCAAUAUUUGUACUUUUAUUGACAUAUUUGGUUGUAACAAUAUCCAUUCCUCUUCUAUUAAAAACAGAUUAACUGAUAGGAGUUAAGAGUUCAAGAUGGCCGACAACAAUGUCAGUGACCACUCCGUGAUGCAAAUUAAGGAUGAGGACAAAGAUGAUGUGAUUGCAGAAAAUGAUGGGAAUAAGGCAACCUUGAUUGAAGAUAGAAAUGAUGUGGAAUUAAUAGUAUCCUCGAUUCGAAGAAAGCUUCACCAGAAUCCUCCAUCAACAGCUAGAAGUAGCAUAUUUAGAAUCCCUAACGUGUUGCGCAGGCAUAACGAAAAAGCUUUUGUUCCAAAUUUGGUUUCAAUAGGGCCAUUUCAACACGGAAAAAAGAACCUGAAAGUGAUGCAAGAGUUUAAGCUGUGGUAUUUGCAUUGCCUCCUUGAUCGAAAGCCAACUUCAGAGACCAGUUUGGAGUACUUGGUAGAAGCCAUUAAAAGUAUGGAGCAAGGCUGUCGUGAUUGUUAUGGUGAAAAAAUUCAUAUGAGUAGUGAAAAUUUUGUGGAAAUGAUGGUGGUUGAUGGUUACUUUAUCGUGGAGCUCUUCCGCAAGGCUGCAAAUGAGGUGCCCAUAGACGCUAAUGAUCCUGUGUUUAAUACGGCAUGGAUGCAGUCGGCACUUAACAAAGACUUGUUUCUACUUGAAAACCAGCUUCCUUGGAAAGUCGUUGAUUGUUUAUUCCACUGCACAAAGGAAAAAGAUUAACCAAAAUCCAACCCUCUACUCCUACUUGCUCUGAAAUUCUUUGAGAUGUCAGCAUUCAACCAGGAUCCACACGCCAACAGACUAUUGGAAACUAAGCAUUUACUUGAUGGCAUAAGAAACUCUUUACUUGCCUCGUACCCGGAAGCAAAAACUGAUAGGUAUUCGGAACCAAAUCUCCAAACCGCCGUACCAAACUCCUAUCUUAGG